AUGCCNCCUGCCACUGGAAGCCACCUGAAUGAUCAUUUGCAGCCGAUGUGCGAGGUAGCCGAAAACUUCACCCUGUCUUCAAAUGCUGCUCAGCCUUAUGUGCCCUUGGAGUCGCUGUCGGAUGGAGACAAGGAGCCGAUGCUGGGAGAGGUGUUGAAUGCUCCCCCUACCAAAGGCAAUGCUUGCGUGCAGCCCCUCUUGCGUUGCCUGUCAAGAGUAAUUCCACCAGGCGGGAUGCUGUCCACAGUGUUCAAUAUGUCUUCCGCGUGCAUUGGUGCCGGCAUUCUUGGUGUACCUGCUGCCGCUAACAGCAGUGGUCUCGCCAUGGCGUUCCUGUACCCAGCGGUCAUUAUGAUAUUUUCCCUNUACUCGCUGUUCUGCCUGACCACACUGAUGGAGCGCCUGGAUGUGAGGUCGUAUGAGGGCAUGGCGAAUGCACUGCUUGGUCCUGCUUUGAAGCAUGUCACCUCUGCCAUGCGCCUGGUGACCACGUUUGGCGCCUGCGUGGCGUACAUCAUCAGUGUGGGAAACAUUUUCAGCGCCAUAAUUGAAGACACGGAUGCUCCGGGGUUCUGGAAGUCGCGGUCUGGGAACCGGCUGCUAACAGGCCUUGUGUGGCUCGUUGUGAUGCUGCCGCUCGUGAUCCCGAAGCACAUCAACUCGCUGCGGUACGUGUCGAUGGUGGGCGUGGGAUUCAUCGUAUACUUUGUCUUGCUGACAAUCGUACACUCGUGUAUGAAUGGUCUGCUGGAAAACGUGCAGAAUAUAAAUGUAGUCGGCGACGCCACUGACGAGGGCAUCCACAUGUUCGGCACUGGGAACAGGGCGCUGGAUGGUCUUGGUGUAUUCAUGUUUGCCUUUAUGUGCCACUUGAAUUCAUUCGAGAUGUACUGGGACAUGACACAUCGCAAUGCAAGCCGAUUCACUCUGUAUUCCGGCAUUGCGUUGAUUUUUUGUUUCUUUGCGUACUUUCUCACUUCUGUCUUUGGGUACCUCGACUUUGGAAGUCGCGUGACAGACUCCAUUCUGCUCAUGUAUGACCCCGUCAAGAAGCCUGUGGUGAUGGUGGCCUACAUUGGCAUCUUGGUGAAGUUGUGCGCCUCAUACGCGCUAAACGCGUUGGUAAGCCGCAACACUAUUUAUUACGCUGUUGGUUGGGAUGUGGAUAGUGUGCCGUUCUGGAAGCACUGCGUCAUUGUCAUUGUCCUUUCUUCCGUUAUGCUGUUGUGCGGUCUGUUCAUCCCAAAGAUCAAUACGGUCUUUGGCUUUGUUGGUGCGGUGUGCGGUGGCCUGACGUCAUUUAUCUUCCCUGCGAUCUUUAUGAUGUACGCCGGCAACUGGACGCUGAGGUCUGUGGGAUGGACGCACUACACCCUCACGUACGCACUGCUCGUGGUUGGCGUUAUCUGUUUGGUCUUUGGCACUGGCUCCGCCAUAUACAGUGUGGUGGUUCCCCAAUAG